AUGUUAACACGAGACGCGACAAGAACUCUCGUUCAGGCUCUUGUGUUGUCCAGGCUGGAUUACUGCAGCAGCCUAUUGUUCAAUAUAUCCAGUGAACUCUCAUCAAAACUACAAAUGGUGCAAAACAACGCUGCACGUCUGGUGACUCGCACUCGCAAACGGGACCAUAUCACACCAACGCUUCGAGACCUGCACUGGUUACCCAUACGAGCGCGGAUUGAGUUUAAAAUCCUAACAGUUGUCUACAAAUGUUAUCGCCAACUGGCCCCGAAAUAUCUGGAGGAACUGUUAGUGCCGUACGCACCAAAGCGUGCACUUAGAUCUGCGGACAAGAACCUUCUCGUCACCCCACGGUUCCAAAGCUCGAGUUUUGGCGGGAGAGCUUUCAGCUCAGCGGCCGCAUUGGCUUGGAACUCUCUCGGCCAAGGCCUACGCCAGGAGGACACUCUGAACAAGUUCAGGAAGGCUCUAAAAACUGAGCUUUUCAGAAAACAUUUCUAA